GUGAGAGAGAGAGAGUGAGCGGGUGAGUGUGUAAGAGGAGAGAGAGAGUGUGUGAGAGGAGAGAGAGAGUCUCCUGGUUUUCAUGUCCCCGCUGUGGCAGCUGGAGCACUUUUCUCAGCCCGCGGAGGAACGCGCGCUUCCAGCGGACCGGCAGAGCUGAGAGCGGGGCAGCGGGUGACGGUGGCCGGAGAUUUGGAGCCGUUGGCCGGGGGUUCGUGAGUGAGCUAGCUCGCUGCGCUGCGCUGCGCUGCCGCUGGAGGGGCAGGCACCUAAACUCGCGGUGCUCGCUCGCCCGCCUGCACUGCACUGGAUACGGCUUUGGACCGAGAGCUCGUCCGCGGUCCGCUGCUGGAGGGGGAAAACACCCGGGAAGCUUGGACUGCCUCUGUUCUACUAGAGCUGGAAGGGUGAAGGUCAGAAUGUCUCAUGAAGAUAACAAUCAGCCUCAUCUUCUCUAACGGCCACUAAUGCGAUGAUAUUUAACAGCUCAACACGCUUGGAGGAGAGCACUAACUACCUGUUCUGCUAAUCAGGGCGGCGGCCAGAACUCCCAGUAAGCCCCGGCGUGAGGAAACCAUUAAGCACACAGGAACACCUCUCAGCAGGAUACUGGCUUGUUCUGAUCAGGAUCACAGUGGAUCUGGAGCUUACCCAAGACCCUUCAAUACAGGAACCCCAGUUCAUCUAAAGAUCUCCUCACACAGUACCGCAGCAUUACUGAGGUCCACAGCAGGGUGGGCGUGGCCAGGCAGUGGGCGUGGCUGCGCAGAGCUGUGGGAUGCCCGUUUGAAUCAUCGACGCGAAUGACAAGAGUUGAUCCGCGAGUGGGGCCUGCCUCAGUCUCACAUGAUUGGCUGCUGGAUGGAAUUAAGGUGAAUGGAACACAUGCCCAAGGAGCAGGACCCUAACCUAUCAGAGGGAGAUGAGAAACGGUGGCUCGAUGGCCCGAAAAGGAAGAGGAAGAACAGUCAGUGUUCGGUGAAGAGCAUGUCUGGGUACAUCCCCAGCUAUCUAGAGAAGGAUGAGCCGUGUGUGGUGUGUGGAGACAAAGCCACUGGCUACCACUACCGCUGCAUCACCUGCGAGGGCUGCAAGGGUUUCUUUCGGCGCACCAUCCAGAAGAACCUGCACCCCUCCUAUUCCUGCAAAUAUGACGGCUGUUGCAUCAUUGACAAGAUCACCCGCAACCAGUGCCAGCUGUGCCGCUUCAAGAAGUGCAUCGCUGUGGGCAUGGCUAUGGACUUGGUCCUGGAUGAGGGGAAGCGGGUGGCGAAGCGGCGUCUCAUAGAGGAGAACCGAGAGAAGAGGAAGAAGGAGGAGAUGGUGAAGACUCUGCAGAACCGGCCGGAGCCCACGGGCUCGGAGUGGGAGCUGAUCCAUAUGGUGACGGAGGCUCAUCGCCACACUAACGCACAGGGCUCUCACUGGAAACAGAAACGCAAGUUCCUGCCUGAUGACAUCGGCCAGUCCCCGGUAGCUCCAACGUCAGACGGGGACAAGGUGGACCUGGAGGCAUUCAGCGAGUUCACCAAGAUCAUCACCCCUGCCAUCACACGCGUCGUAGACUUUGCCAAAAAACUGCCCAUGUUUUCGGAGCUGCCUUGUGAGGAUCAGAUCAUCCUGCUGAAGGGCUGCUGUAUGGAGAUCAUGUCUCUUCGGGCAGCAGUGCGGUACGACCCCGAGAGCGAGACUCUAACACUGAGUGGGGAGAUGGCAGUGAAGCGAGAGCAGCUGAAGAACGGAGGCCUGGGCGUGGUGUCGGACGCCAUCUUCGAUCUGGGGAAGAGCCUGGCUCAGUUCAACUUGGACGACACGGAGGUGGCCCUGCUACAGGCCGUUCUGCUCAUGAGCUCUGACCGCUCGGGCCUGACGUGUGUGGAGAAGAUUGAGAAGUGCCAGGAGACCUACCUGCUGGCGUUCGAACACUACAUCAACCAUCGCAAGCACAACAUUCCCCACUUCUGGCCCAAGCUGCUGAUGAAGGUGACAGACCUGCGCAUGAUCGGAGCCUGCCAUGCCAGCCGCUUCCUGCACAUGAAGGUGGAGUGUCCCACCGAGCUCUUCCCUCCACUCUUCCUUGAGGUGUUUGAGGACCAGGAGGUGUGAGCGCCGGGACCGAAGACGGAGAGAAAGAAAGAGCGUCAGGAACCUGCGCUUUUUUUUAAACGAAUCUUCACCCGAACACCUCUCUGCCCCCAAACUAACACGCCCCCACCCCCUCCUCCCCAUGCGUCAAACUCACCAGCAGCAGCAGUGACGGCAGAAGCAGAGGUGGGGGUACCGGUCAGGAAGGGGUUCAUCUCUGGGGUCUUUAUUCUUCAGCUUUUCUUUCUUUUUUGUUUGUUUUGUUCUGUUUUCUUGGGUUGUUUGUUAGUUUGUAUUUUACAGAAUGCUCAGUCCUCGUUUUCUCCACCCCCAACCUAGAUCCCGCCCCUGCCAGUCAGUUAAACUGGUGGCCCUUCUGUCUCUGCGCUAUGUCUUAGACUGGUCUACUACCUGAACCUCAGCUAUGGACACACAAAAACUCAAACACACGCAACACACACACUAUAACCUCACAUAUAUAUAGAUAUAUAAGAACACUUACGCAAACAUAACCCACGGAGCGCACUUCUACUACUACUUCUACUUCUUCUACUACUCUCACACCAGCUUCUUCACACAAGAGCAGCUCUGUAGUGCAGAGCGUUCAAGCUGAGGCACGUCUAAUUACGCAUCUCUACAUAUGGUGAAUAGACGGUGACCUCAGAUUUCUGUUAUGCUAACCAUUGAUUGGUCAAUCUUCGGUUUUAAGGUAGUUUUAAGAGCCGUGUUACCACUAGCUAGUGACCACCCAGUGAGCGUCUCGUCACUCAGACACUCGCUCAACUCGUCACGUGACCGGACAGAUCAGCGUUAGCUACGUCGCAUGAUGUUGGAGUUCCUCAAAGCUCUUCCUGGAGCUAAUCUGGAGCGACUUGAACAGACCUCAUUACACUCAGACUAAUUACAGUGAGCCUGUGUGCAGAGUGGGAGGAUAUUUCUGAACCAAAUCAGGUGCUAUAUUUAAAUGAAGCUUCUCGAAACGAUUUGGGACGUUUAGGAAAUAUGCCCUCCCUCACACACACACAUAUACAUACACAAAUAUAUACAUACAUAUAUAUUAUACAAUGUAAUUCUAGGUGCAGACCAUUUAAGAAAAGUUUUCACACCUAUAUAGUUCCUAUAAAUUACUCUGGUCCAAAUCAGUAAAUACGAGUUGGUUAAUGAAAUUUGAACUUUUUCCCCUUUUGUUUGGUUCACCCAAGGAAAAACCAUGAGAGCAUUCUCUCUACUGAUUGGUCAGACCUGUCUAAGGAGGAGCAGAAAAUACAGUAAAAAUGCAGUGGAUAGGUUUGGAUAGAGGUCAGAUCAGUUCUCACCACAAAUGAACUGAUCCAAAGUUCGUCAGGGACUUGACCGAGACCACCUCCUCUAGCAGGUCAGCAUUCAAGUGCAAUAACUGUAUUCACACCUGCCAAAACAAACCAAAUUAAAGAUGAAUACGAAACGAAUCAGAGUCCCUUUUAACCAGACUAAAAAGUGUGAAAUUGUGAAAAUGUGAAAACGCCCUGAAUGCAUUUGGUCUGCAUGCAUUUAUUCAGUACACAUUCAGUAUAAACUCACGGCCACACACUCUUCUUACACAGUGCAGCGCAACAACCUUGGUCUCUUAGUGUGUGGUUCUGCCUUGUCAUUGCCUGGGUUUUCUGUGCCAGCGCACAGGCCUGAUCUGAAUGAUAAUUGAGCCCUUCUUUCUCCUAGGAAAGACACUGCAGUACUCAGGAGGGGGCUUAGAGAGAGAGAGAGAUAGUGAGAGGAAAGAGAGAAAAGCAAAAAGCAGGCUUAGAAACCCAGGUCUCUAGAGACGGUAAGAAAUAAAACAUAGGCAGUCUUUUUUAUUAUACAGUCUCCUUUUUUAUACCGUCUCCUUUUUUUCAAAUCCAGACCAGCUAAAGAAAGCACUGAUUUAGUAUUACAAUCCUUCUAGGCCCAGUAUACACAUACACACACACACAGAUACACACUUUUAAACACACCUCAGAAAACUCAAAUGCCUCAUUACUGUAAGCACUGUAGUGCUGUUGCCCUGAACACCCUCUCAGGGCUUUGUGAGUUCAGUUCAGUCCAGUCCCUGUGUGUUCUGCUACUGCUACCCUGGGUGUGACACACACAUACAUACUUAUGCAUACAUGAAAAAAACAUUGACGCACACAUAUAUAUACACAAACAUAGAUAUGGUGAUGGGCUUAGGCAGAGCAGGCUGGCGGACUGGCUGUUUUUUGUCGUUAUUAUUGUUAUUCUCUCUAUUUUUUUGUACCUCAAUGUGGGCACACCUCUGGCUGUGGCUCCAAGACUGCCUCUGUGCUAACAGGCUCUACCUCACCUCUGGACACAGAGCAGCUACCGCACAGCCUCCUCCUCCCACACAAUCUCUCCCACACACACACACACACACACACACACAGAUACAUGCUACCUGCAAUUAAACACACACACGUAUAAUAUAUAUAUACACACAUAUAUACUGACAUAUUUAUGAGCAGGAACACAACCAAAUAAACAGACAAACAAACAAAAAAUAUCUAGGAUGAACACACACAUACACAUAUAUAAAUAGGUAUAUAGACGCCAAAUACCACCUCAGUGCUGUCCAGACAUCCGUACAGACGUAACAUAUACACACACACACAAACCACACCUCCCUCAGCUCUCGUUCUUGUCGGAAUACCACUGUAGACAGGAGGGCCUACCACCAUUUCCUCAUCCUUAAUCUGUCUGCUUUCACUAGAGUCCCUAAAAGUUCUGGGCUGAGAGGACAGUUCAGUUUGGGGGAUUUAUUAUGAAUUUUUGUUCUUUUUGUUUGUUUGUUUGUUUCAUUUCAUUGUGGGACCAAUUGUCACUUUGAAAUUUGAAACCCCAUUCCAUUCCGUUCAAAACGGAAGCUAAUCUGGUGGGAAUGGACGGCGCGUUGAAUGAGAGAGCGGCUGCUGUUGGCUCUGAAAACCAGCAGCAAAGAGGACUGUAGUGUUUGCUUUUUGUGUGUAGUGGGCAAAGAUGAAGAUGCUAAUGAUGAUGAUGAUCCCACAAAGUGGCCAGGAUAAACCCUAAAACUUGGUCCAGAUUUCUUGAAAAGAAAGAAAGAGAGGAAAAAGAUGAAAAAAUGAAUGAACUGUUCUGUUUUCUGUCUUGAAUAUCGAGCAGCAGUUUGGAAAAUAUCCUGGGAAUAUAUAUAUAUAUAUAUAUAAAUCUGUGUAAAGCAGAAAAAGAAUCAGAGCAGGGGAAAAAUGAUGAGCUUAGUGUUUGAGAAAGAAAUGGAGUUGGGCAGGGCAGGUGGCCAUGUAGGCCCAGAGAGGUCAAUGGUUUGACCAAAUCAAACCAUUGAGCGCCAUCACCACUGUGGUGUUGGCGUCUCUGCCCAUCCCCUACCCCAGCAUAGUAGAUUUGGCACUUAAGAAAGAAUCAUUCCCUCAAACUCUUCCUGAGGAAUACGCCCUUAUCCCAAGGACACGCCCCUUCCUCCCUCCUCCCCAAGCCAAGCUCUCUGUCAGACAGAAGCCACCAAACCUCCACACGUGUUCUUCAGCACGCUCUCAGAGUCAGUAUUAAAGCAAACCAAGACCCUUUUUGCUACUUCAACAACCCACCAAUGCAUCAGCACAUCGUACACACUCUAACACACACAUACUUAUAUAUAACCACCUUAUGUCCCCUUCUGGGAGUCCUCCGCAGUGCUUGGGACGAACACCAAAUGGAUCGAGGAACGAGGCCUUUCCCUUGUGAGACAAGGCUGGCCAUGGCCGUGCACAGACAGCGCCACAGAGUGAAUGUGAACCCGGUUCGCCGCAGGACGUACAAGAGCGCGAGAGCAGCUAACUCUAGCUUCAGACCCCUGCCCUGAAAGUGAAGCAGGGAUGGCCAAUUUUUCUUCGAGCGAGCCAGCAGUUUGAGAAAGGAGCAACUGAUUGAGAGAGCAGGCCCUCUUCCCUCUUUUGGAUUGGACAAGUGAUUGUCCAUGUUUGGCCCCGCCUUCAGAGCAAGAGAAACCAAAUCGAGACCCACACAGAGACCCUCUCGUCAGGAGCCAGAGAGACAGCGAGCGAAGAUGUCGAAGACUGUGAAGACUACGGGCGUACCCGUAGAUGCACGCAUGAAAUUCAGGCUUGGAAUACGAGCAACGUGACAUGCUGAGCCGAAUCACUGCUGAUCAUCACUGCAGUGACGUCGCUGGUUCUGAUAUCUGGGUGUGGGCACACGUGUGCGUAACGAGCAGGGGUUACGAUGCUGCUUUACCUUCGGAGUGUAAUUUUAUUUCAGAGAAACAAAAGAACGAGUAAGAAAAAGAGAUAUAUAACGAAAGAAUAUAAACCCAGAACACAAACCUUCAAAAAAGAAAAGAAAAAAAAAAAAGAUAAAAGAAAGAUGACUUUUAAAGACUCCAGAACAAAGUUAAAAGCUUGGAGAUUUUUGAGUUCUUUUGUUUGUUUGUUUGUUUUUUUAUCUCAAUGUUUUUCUUUUUCGUUUGUUUGUUUGUUCGUUUUUUUGGCGCUUAAACUGCUCUGUGUAAGAGAAAAAGAACAGCCGUAGUCACUUUUUGACCAUGCGUGCAGUGUAACCUAGGCAGAAUUUCACCUCUUUUUCACCUCACAAAUAGUUUGUAUCCAUAAGCCAACUGCUCUGUUUGUCUGUAUAUCUGUCCUAUUGUCCGUCCUUUUCUCCAGAUGAAUUUACAAUGAACGAAAAACAGGAAUAUUUUCAUUUUUUUUAUAUUUUUGUUUCCUUUUUUUAUGAAAGAAAACAGGAAAAUAAUGCAACAGAGACUGAAAAUACAAAAAAGAAAAGUAAAAAAAAAAAACUGAAACACAAUCUACUCAUACCUCACACAACACAAAACUCAAAUGAACUUGGGAGGAGCGCUUGUCUGCGAGGCACUUGUUCGCUUGUUCAAGUGCAUCAAUUGAUGUGCAUGUAUAGAGAUGUACUCUGAGGUAAAAACUGAACAAAAGUGCUUGGUGCGCAGGAGUGUCUGUAGUGAUCACAGACACACACAGUUCACUUUCUUCAUGUUUGAAAGCCAAACGAGAAUCGUUAUCGGGAAGUAGGGGAGGGGGGCGUAGUCUCGGAUUUGAUUGGGUGGUUUGAAGCCUGGAGAGGGAACUGUGUGUAUCUCUGAUGGUGGAGAGUGCUUCAUGGUAUUGAAUGUAGCUGACAGGCCUGGGCUAGAACCGAGCCCAGCAACCAGAACCUCACUUCAGGUCACCAGCAGAGUGGACAUUUGCUGUCAAAAAAAAAAUAAUGACGUUACAACAACAAACUGAGAAUCUAUUGCCCAUCUGCAAGGUGCAAUACUUGUUCAACUUUUGUGUUCUCCUUUUUUUGUACGUUUUGUUUUCAUUUAGGGUGUUAUUUUGGCCAUAACCAAGGUUGUAAAUACACAAAAAAAAAGGUUAAGAAAAAGAUAUUGAAAGAUUAAUUCAGUAUAUGUUAACCAUAUGCAACACUCACAUACUGGAUGUGGAGAGGCCGGAAGGCAAAGCGUUUUCCACCACUUUGUAAAGUAAAAAAAACUGCAUACGUAGCUAUGUAACUGCUUCAUACAUCUGUAAGUGUGCUUGUGUGCACUCGCGAACACGCAUGUUGACCCUUUUUACAUGAAAAAGAAAAGUUUAAAAUAUAUAUAUAUAUAUACUCUCUAGAAGUGCCCCACGAAGUUAACGGCCCGAACCCUGUGCCUCCUGUUCCUCACGAAGUGACGGUGAACAUACAUCCUCUACGCCAAAUCCCCUCACGCAAAGCAAAGAAAGAGUUGUCAUGGGCUGUUUCUUAAGUUUCGUAGUGGGCUCAUUUCGGAUGACGACUGCUCAUAUGGACAGAUGGCAGGCAGGGGAAAGAAAGAUGGAUCGAUGGAUGAAAAAUUCCUCUCUCUCUUGGGAGAGUGAGCUUAGCCCCAACCCUCGCCCAAGUCUCCCAGCUAACCACCACCCCCUUCUCAAUAUCGGAUGACGGGCACAUUGCCCAUAACCCUGAGUGCAUACCGCAAGCGAUCAAAUAAAAAAUUGUGUACACCACUCUGGUCCAGUAUACUAUACAUGCGAAUUGCGUAAUCAAGCAAACCAGAAAUACUAAACAAACAAAGCCAAUAUGUAUGGCUUUUCUUUUUCACUACAGGUUCAGAACCCAGACAUAUGCGUUUAUAUCAUUUGAAAAAUCAACAUAGAACACAGAUCACCUGGUAUCAAGCCAAACAAGCCAAAAGUUACAUCCACACACUCAAUAAUUAUAAGAUAUUACAUUUGAGUAGUAGAUGUUAACUUGUUUAAAAUCUACUGACAUUUUUAACAAUAAUUUUGGUGGGAAACUAUUGUUAUCCUGCAAAAAUACAGAUUACAAUACUGAUCAGAAUAAUGCAAGUGUUAUUUGAAGACUUUGGAUACGAGAAAGAAGUUUUGUGAAACUAACAAAAUUUUAGUUGGAAAUCAACGAAGCAAGGGUUUCGAGGAAAUGUAGAAAACAAUGUUAUUUAAUGAUAGUCAACAUCACAUCACUUAAUUUGUAUAAAGUUUAGAAGAGCUCAACUUUCUCAAAUCACUGAAUUCGCCUACUUUACAUCGCUAACCGUGAAUGGCAUCGCUGAACACUCACUAAAAUUUUUUUGACUUUCAUGCGCCAUGUUGUUUUCUUGUCGCUUGCAGUGUGCACGCACGGUAAAGCCUCUUGCAAGGCUUGCAUCGCUAAAGCCAAUCAGAUUAAACCAAACGAAAACCCAAAACCUCAGACCCAUCUAGCCCAACCCAAGUCAACUCAAGUCUUGUAGAACUGUGCGUGGUCCACGUGCCCACAAUCAUACCACACAAACUUACACACACUUGUACAGGCAUGCCAGGAGGGAGGGCAAGGCUCUGGGAGAGGUUUUUUUUGUUGGUUUUCAGCAAUGACGCACUCAUUUUGUCUUUUCGUCUCUUUAUUAAAUUGCCAAAUCUAUUCAUUUUGUUUUGUCCUCCUGACGAACAAAAGAAGGAAGAAAAAAAAACACACUUUGUAGCAAGAUUGUCUAUGCAAACGCCCUUCCCCUCCCUCUUGCCGUUCAAUUGAGCACACAGUAAGCCUCUGUACCGACACUCCCCUUUCUUAAUCCCGCCCACCACCACAUCCUUCUCCUCCCUCUCCUCCUCCAGCAGCUCCUUGCUCAGCCUUGCCCUCUUACACAAAACCUGCAGCAGUAACUACCUGUUAAGUUUCAGUUUAAGGUGGUUUUCUGAGGUUGUCAUGUCAUCCAUCUGAGCACAUGAUGAUGAUGCUGCUCUGAAGGCAGUGUGUGUAUAUGUGUGUGUACAUGUCUGCGUGGGUGUUUGUGGGUUUGUGUGACCAACGCUCUCAUGGUUCGGUGGAUUGGUUCUGAAGAAGUGAGGGGGUGGAUAGAUGGGACGGUGUUCAUUUCGGCAAUUUCAAGGCGUGAAAUUGAAGAAGCAAAAAGUAAGAUGUCUAGAAAACGAGAAAACGAGCAAACGAAACUGCAAAGCCGCUCUUUAUGAAAGGCGGACAAGCCUGCCACACGAGUAUACAGAGUCUAUGCGUACGAAAAGCGUAGGACGGCUGAAUGUAAUUGAAGCGAUGCAGGGGCCACACACUCGUAAGUGGAGUGCUCGUUAUAUCUGCUGGUGCCGCUUGACGUCGGCUUACAGCCAGAUAAAAUAUAGAACUAAAAAAAAGAGAAAGAAAAAGCCUGACUCUUUCUUCUGUAUGCGACACAGUUGCCUGUUAGACCUGUCACAAUAACACAAUAUUUUUUUUUUGUUGGACGAUAUUAUUCCUAUUUAAAGGGAAAAAUAGUCUUAAUAGCCUAGUCUCGGACUACACAGCAUUCGGACAUAUAUUUUUAAUUUAAAGGAAAAACAAAGUCUACAGCUAGGCUUAAUUGCUUUUUAGGAAACUGACCCUUUUAAAUAUUCAGACACUGGAAUUAAUAAAUUAAUAAAACGCAAUGUUUAAAAUGCUUUUGAACAAAGUUCACAUAGCAGCUUAUUUACAUUAAAUGCCUCUGGUUUACUCAAAACCUCAAAAAUAAUUUAGGUAAUGUCCUUAUUUAUAUUUUACAGUAGUAAAGCAUAAUAUCAUAUAACAAUACAAUAAUGUAUUUAUUGUGACGGGUCUAGUUGCAGCACACAUUAUAUUGCAUACAGCACGAAGGACAGAUAUUCGCAUAAUCAAAAAAUUGUUUACAGAGGCUGCCCAAAUUUCCCUAUCCUCUCGAUUCAGCUUUAACAGCGAGCGUUGUUGGGUGAACCCUAAACUAACCAAAUCAGCGAGUGCAAUAUGUUUAAAAAUAAAUAAAUAAAUAAUAAAAAAACAAAUAAAAUUAGGUUAUUCUACGCCCCGGUCACGUGACCCUAAAUCCUAGUGUAAUAAUAAACUUAGUUUGGGUUUCUUUUUUUGAGUUGUACCUUUUUUCCUUUUUUUUUUUGUUUUUUUUUUUUGAGUGUGCUUUGAUUUUGAAUUAGUGUGAAUGUAUCCCAGUUCCCAACAAGCGUGUGCUUCUGAAACACACCCAUCCAUGAGAGUGUGCAAGGAGAGCAGGAUGAUGUCCACUCCAUACCUGUUAUAUCAGUGAGACUGGAAAACAUAAAAAGAAAACUAUUGAAGGAUUCUCUCAGGUAUAAAACGAAAAUAAAAAAGUAUAACAAGCAUUUUCUUUUUUAAUAAAUGAUGAAAAACUCGAGCCACUGCCAUUUUGUUAGCUCAUCAUUCUUUGCUCUCUGAGUGGAGGUUGUGCUUUGUGUGUGUGUCCAGUGUCUUAUCUUUCCUUAGUCCCCUUUGUCAUCUGUCAUGAUCUAUGUACUCAUCUAUCUAUUAAUCUGCCUGUCUACCAAGCUAUCUACCUACCUAUUUACUGUCUAUGUAUCUAUCAACCGACCUACCUAUCUAUCUCCUACAACCUCUCCUCUAUCUAAGUGGGCCUACUUCAUGGACAUGAUCUGGUGUUCUGAUGUUGAGAAACAGUUAUUGGACAGUUAUUUAUCAUCACGAUUGCACCAAUAACUGUAGAAAAGUGGGGAUGACUCCAGAUAAGACCCUGUUUACGACUGGUUACUUCAUGUGUCUCGUGUAUGAUCAGGAUUAUAUCUGGACAACAUGGUUUAGUCACAUAAAAACGUGUAAAAGAAAUGUACACGUUUAAAGCAUAUACAAAUUCAAUCUGCCCACUCAAACCAAUUUAGAAGGUUGAUGCAUAUGACCACUCCACAAGAUGGUCUGAGACGCAUUUAAAGCACGUACAAGUCUAAUCUGAUCAAUUAAACCACUUUAGAAGGUGGUCUGAGACAUAUUCAAAAUGAUAAGACAUUUUUUUUUCUCUCAGACCACUUCAGAAGGUGGUCCGAGACGCAUUUAAAACAGAUAAAAAUCCAAACACAGUUCACUUUAGGAGGUGGUCUGAGACAAAGUUGAGCCACAUUAAAGCAAUGUAAACGUAACAGACUCUCCAAAAUGCAUUUGACCAUCAAUGCACUAAAUCCGAUAUAACGAUAUAAUCCAGAUUCAAGUCGCACGACAUGACCAGGAUUUAAACAGGGUCUCUCAGUCCCUUUCGGACACAAACUAACCCUGCCAAAUACUUUUGCUCUGAAACCCAGAGCACCUAUAUGCAUACACCAACCACCAAACUAAGACACGCUAUAUACACAUAUAUUUGUUCAUAAAAACCAGCAAGACAGUGGAUGUUCAUCAGCACAUUUUGGCAGAUUGUUCCUAUUGUCUCAUAUUGCUCAUCACGUUAAAGGUUUCCUCACGCCUGCAGUGUAUGUAAAGUCCAUCAGCCUGUAUGUAUUAAGCUUUUCCUUCCAUCACUGUUCCACUCUUCUUCCUCUGUUCACCAACCAAUGCUGUUUUUUAUAGAGUUAAAAAAAAUAACAAACAAAAACAAACAAUGCUUCUGUUGAUGUGUUGAAAGCUUUGUGUUGUUUUACAGGUUUGGGUGUUGUGCGUUUGUGCAUGUGCUGUGAGUGUGUGUCUGUAUGUGUGGGCAUGUGUGAUUGUUCUGGUGUGCUUAAGUUAUGUUCUUCAGUUGUUUCUCAUUGGUUGUUUGGCAGGACCCUUCGCUGAUUGACCCUCUUGUUCCGCCCCCAGCACCUUUCGAGGCCAGAGAUUGUUAUAUACAUAGCAGAGAUUUGCAAUAGAACUCACUCUGGGGAGGAAUGUAGCCAGUGCCAUGGAGUAGAUGGUUCUAGAAAGGAGAGUGUAGAGCCAGUCGAGCUAGUCGUGGUUAAAGUCCCAGUAAUGACUCUGGUGGGGUCUGGCUUUUAAGAGAAGAACUAAUGAUUUUCCGUGUGCUAAUGGAAAACAUUUCGCUAACAGUGAGGCAGGUCUCUUCCUCUCUUUCACGCUCUUGCACUCUCUCUCUCUCUCACUUUCAUAGGUUUCUAUACAGCAGCUGUAUUGAUCGUGUCUAGUGCAGUUCCGAUCCGGCACUGCACCGCGGCAUGUAUCGAUGCUUCAUAUGCACGUUUAUGCAAUGGUACCAAAAGCAUUUUUUGAGAAGUUGGCGCACCAAAGGCCUGUUGCUUGCUUUUUAGAAGUUCAGCAAGAAUUCUAGUAAUGCAAGCUUAGUAAUGCAGUAUUGGGAAAGGUUAGUUCGUACAUCAUGCAUAUUUUUGUCCAAAAGAUUUUUUUUAGUGCUGAUCAUUUCUCCUCGUCAAUAUGGCAAUAAGGACCAGCUAAUAAAGAGCGCACUGUGCGGGGAGCUUUACUUAAACAUUUGCUGCUUCAUAAGCAGGAGCGUUAGAUGGUCGCACACUAGCCGGGUUUCCAUCCAAGCAGUUUGCACAAGUUAUUGAAAUCUUCAUCACUACAACAAAUGUCUACCAAACAUUUGGGAGCAAAAACGCACGAAACAGUUCUGGGAGAAAAGAGCAGAACCAUUUUUUUUAGGAAAUUAAGAAUGUCACAAUAUUUUAUUGGACCAUCCAUAGGGCCAAUUGUUACUCCAAAUCAGAAAGAGCUGUAUGUCAAGCAAUAAGAAUCAAACUAAUAAACCCAGACAUCAUAUUGCCAGACACGGCAAACAGGAUACUUUUUAGCUUUCUAGCUUUAUUAAGUUCAAGUCAACUUUUUAUGCACAUUUCCUAAAUUUUCUAAAACGUGAUGGAUGGAAAACCCACUAGUGACAAAGUGACUUAAGCAAGAUUAGGCGAGUUUCGCAAAGUUGGUGGCCUAGUGUGGUGGAUCAGUACUGUUUUAGAUAUUUAGCCCUUAUUUAGCAAGAUGAGAUGAAUAGAUGUUUUUGUGCUUUGACUACGGUGAUGUCUUUUCUUUUUAACAUUUUUUUUUUCCUUUUGCUAAUCGAACUGGAGGACGGAUAGCAGGAUAUGCCUAGACAGCAAGGAAUGUAUGCAAAUGCUGAUGCAAAUGUAUUUAGCCAAGGAUGAGAGAUUAUAAAGUUAUUAGGCAGGCGAUAGAUAGACAGAUUUUAGAUUUAGAAGGCCACAUGGGGAUCUGUGUGAAUCAUGUAGUAUUCUAUAAUCAUAUAAAAGAAAGCUAUAGCUAUAAACACUUAUAUGCAAUGUUCGUCAGGUCUGAUCUUACUGUGUGCUUUUGGAUUUAGGCUUGCUCAGGUUUGAUCUUAAGGCCUCGAAGGGUGCCAAACCCCAUCCCUUCCCCCUCUCCCCUUCAAAAACCCACCCAACACCCCUUUGUUUGCUCCUCAAAUUGAUGCAUUGUUGUCUAUGUAGGCUUUUUUUCCCAGUACCUCAUGGACAUGUACCCUCCUAGCAAUGCUAGCAUGCUGACCUGCUCUGAGCUGCAUAGAUUUACACUGCAUGGAAAGCUUUAGUCACAGUGUGCGAUUUGGCCAACAGCCAGACGAGAAUAGGGACGGGGGGGCAGCGAAUGAAAUAAUUCAUUAAAUAAUUUAAUCAAUAGAUGGGUAUUGCAGAUAAUUGCAUUUUUGAAAUGCUGCCAGAUUCCUCGGUUCAAGUGCAACCUGAUAGGAUCAUGUCUAAAAGUUCUCAUAUCAUCCCUCUUUGUCUCUAUCUCUCUCCAAUGUUUGAACACUCCCUCUGGAAUUCUAUAUAUGAAUACAUAUAUAUAUAGGGGACUCUUUGGUCCAGAUAGAAGAGCUCCCACAUGCUCUCAGAGUCAAGACUCAAAAAAACCUCGAGCAGCUCCUCCUGACUGUAUCUCCUGACCGAGUCUUUUUACGUUUUUCUUUCCUUUUCUUUCCUGUUGUUUCUUUUUUUGUAACAUGGUGUGAUUUCACGCAGGUCUCCUCCUUCGCUAUUGUCCUUUCUUUUUCCUUUCGUUUUUCUACUUACAUUUUUUUUUCUGUGGUUCUGAUUUCAAAAGUGAUUCCAAACUACCAACAACCAGCAGUGAACAAAUGAAACCUAACCUAUUGCAAACACUGUAACUACCAUUACUACUUUAUUACAACUAAUAUUAGCUUACUACUACUACAACUACUGUUUGGACGUUUUUGAGUACUUACUUCUUUGUUUUUCGUUCUUUUGGUUCCUUUGUUUUAAUUCGUCCUCACUCCUCUCUGUCCAAGUUGCUAGCUUCACUGUGAUCUCUGAGGCGGCUGGGAAAUCAAGGUGUGUGUUCUUCAGUCAUUCAGGGGUCCUUAUCAAUUACUUCAAGCUCAGGUCAGGAGUCAGCUCAGAGGCAAUUUGUUGGAAGUGGUGGGUGUGCAUUCUUGUUCUUCAGGAACGAUGCAGCACCGGUGAUUGCAGCCAGUAGAAGUCCCUAUAAAAUAGACACAAAAGAAGAGAGUGGUUUGAUACAGAUCCUUGAGGGCUGUAGUGAACUCACCAAGGACACCAUUAUGAAUGGCCAUGGAUGUAGCCAACAUUUGAGCAGAAUCCUGGUGAAGACAUAAAAAGCUAAAUUAGGAUGAAUUACGUGAUGACGCUAAGCUGCAGUGGUUAUGGCCAGUGCAAAUACAAGCUUGCCAUCAUGUUGCAGCAUUUUCCUGAUGGAGUGCAGAUGGCUCACUCUACAGUAAAAUUACAGUGCAGUACACUAAAAGAGUGCAUUUCGCUCUGGUGGUCAUCACCAGAUCGAAUAAGGACUGGGAAGUCCAUUUUUUAUGCCCCAAUCUCUUGGGCGCUGUAGAGCAGCAGUCCAGGAACAGUGUUCAGAAUCAAUUCCCACUAAGCAGCGCACUAAGCGCAGACCUACAGAAAGGACAUAUAGGACGGCUAUAUGCAAGCUCUGGGCAAACAUAAACAAAUAAAUGCACACACUUACACACACACACACACACACAUACACAGUCUCAAAAAAAAAAAAACUAAAAAAUGUAUACACACACAAAACACCUCCGAAUAUUUACUGUGAUCUCCUCCACACCACCCACUCCACCCCACCUCCAUCACCCUGACUACCACCACCCCCCUUCCCACCUCUACAUCCACCCUUUUCCUCCAAUAAGAGUCCAGUGGGUGGUGUGAUGUCAGGUUUUUGUGGUGGGCUGCUUACUACAGGUCCAGACAAUCAGCGUGUUUGUAAAUGUCAAUGUGUGAUUUUCCAAUUCUUUGUUUAUGGUCAGGAUUUUAAAGGAAGAUAUUUUUAUGGUAAUUGUCGCUGGUCUAUUUUACUAUAUAUUUAUGUAAUAAAUAUGUGACUAAAUUUA